GAGCGGUAAAAAAGGCUUGAUUGUUGAUCACUGCGCAACGCACCUCCCAGGUAUAUAGGGCGUAUACUGGAUAUAUUCGGCAUCUGUCGUGUCGGUUCAGGAUGCCGCCUGUAUUCGUCAACAGCUACUCACUCCCCACACCACAGAAUGUCGACCCCUUUGCAAUCCUUACUUCGACAGAACCUUAUGAUAUCAACUUCGCGUUCCCGCUGCACCCAGUGUCUCUCAGUUCUCCCCGCAUCCACCUCACCCGAUCCCGGCUGGUGUUCGCGGUUAUGGACCGCACGCAGUCGCAUAUAAUACCGUCCGAGUCAGAGGAUAGAGCCGAUGAAAUGCACGAGACCCUUGCGGGCAUGAUUGCGAUCGGAUAUACUUCGACCAAGCAUCUCCGAGCAGAUAUCGGCCUCAUCAUGGUCCUCCCUGCGUUUCAGCGAACGCACGUCGCACGCACUGCCACUGCACUCCUCCUGCGCUACUGCUUGGAGCUGCCAACGGCAUCUCCCCCGGGCCUCGGGCUUCGCCGCAUGUCCUGGGUGGCGCACCCGAAGAAUGUACCUUCAAUCAGGCUUGCACAGCGCUUAGGAUUUAUGGAGGAAGCGCAGCUGAAGGCGUGGUUCGCGCUGCCAGAAGACGGUGCUGAGGACAAAGGCGGAUACGCAGUGAGACGGCGCGACCGGCAAGACCACGAGAAAAUUGUGGUGGGAUAGGGUAAGGACGCAGUACUGUUGUCGUUAUGUUGGAGCAAUUGGGAGGACGACUCAAGGGAGCAAGUGGCUCUCAUUCUUAAUUCCUGAGAACCGGAUAACGGCAGAUUUAGCGUCUUAUAGUCGUUUGUCCAAGGAACUAAUUCAAUGCACGAGAUUAUAUGCUGUACAACUUGUGAGAAGGUCGACAUACCAAGGACAUAG